AUGUCAUCAUCCACUUCAUCUGUUGUUUCCAUUCCAACUUCAAACAAACUCGGAGAUUGUCCAGGUUAUGUUGCCAAACCACAAGAAUCCACCACAAUGGGUGUUAUUAUAUUGCAAGAAUGGUGGGGAGUUAACGAUCAUAUUAAAAGCAAGGGAAUUAAAAUUGCUGAAGAAUUGAAGGCUAUUACUAUCAUUCCGGAUUUGUAUAGAGGACAAGUUGCUACUGAUCAUGAACAUGCUGGACAUUUAAUGCACGGUUUGGAUUGGCCUGGAGCAAUUGCUGAUAUUUUGGGUGCUGCUAAAUAUUUGAGAUCUGCUCAUGGUUGUACAAAGAUUGGUGUUACAGGUUUUUGUAUGGGAGGAGCUUUAACUCUUGCAGCAACAGCAUCACAAACCGAUGGUACCAUUAAUGCAGCAUCAUGUUUCUAUGGUAUUCCACAAAUGGAUGUAUCCAAGAUUAAUGUUCCUGUUAUUGCUCACUUUGGUGAAUUGGAUGAUAUUAAGGGAUUUUCUGAUGUUGAAGCAGCCAACAAAUUGCAAGAAUCAUGGAAGCAAAAUGGAGUUAAUGGAACUGUCUACAUCUAUCCAGGUUGUAGCCAUGCUUUCACCAAUAAUACUAGACCAGAAGUUUUCAAUGCUGAAGCUUAUGCUCUUUCUUUUGAAAGAAUGUAUGAUUUCUUUAGAACUAAUCUCCAAUAAUCUCAUGUUUUUUCCAAUGUACAAUAAAGAGUAAACAAUACUCUUACUUUAAAAGUU